AUGACGCCUGACAUUAAGAAAAUGCAGAAAGUUGGAAAAUUGAAUUCUUCGAUUGAUAUCAUUCCGUUACAAGGAUCUAGUGGAGAUUACAAGUCGAAAACAAUGAAUAAUAAAUAUAAAGUUGAUUCCUCUCAUAGAUAUUUGCGGGAUCAAUUAUUAAUUUCACGUGUACAAACGUAUAUGCAUGAAAAUGAGAAUAAAGUCUACAUUGAUGUUAAUGAAAUGGCAGAUGCUUUACAAAGAAAAUAUAGAGAUUAUCGUAUUAAAAAACGAGGUCCCUUUAGGGCUUUAGUACGCAAAGCAUAUGAUGAACUCACAGAAAUGUUUGCAAAGAAAUAUUGUUCUCGUGAGUGGUCUGCAUAUGAUGAUGAAGAUGAAGAAGAAGAAGUUGAUGUUGAGUCAAAUCCACAAAAUACCAUGUUGGAUGGUUUGCUAUUAAAAAUGUAUAAAAGAUCACAGAAUAAACAAAAUGGAAAUUCUAGUGAUAAAGAACUUAUUGAUAUCAGCAGUGAUGAUGAUGUCAGCAAAUUGGAAUCGAAUUCUAAUAAAGCACCUGAACCUGAGAUUACAGAAAAAAAUUUACAACAAAAACCAGGUCCAUCUUCAUGUAUAGAAAAGCCUCUACCUGCUAAAGAAGUUGAACAACUGAAAAUACCUGCAAAAGAAAUACAACAAACUACAACAGCAGGAACAACAAUAACUACAACAACAGCAGUGAAACAAUCUACUAGAAAAAGACAGCGUGAAAAAGAUGAUAACAGUCAAUUAAUAUCUAUGAAGAAAACCAAGGGAGUACCUAUUUCUGAACCAAAGAUCACAUUUACAGACAUAGGAGGAAAUGAUAAAGUUUUAAAACUUGUAUGUAAAUUGCUUGCACAUAUGAAGCACCCAGAAAUUUUUAAACAGCUUGGUAUAUCACCACCAAGAGGAUUUUUACUUCAUGGUCCACCUGGAUGUGGGAAGACUUUAUUAGCACAUGCUAUUGCAGGAGAAUUAGGAAUACCCAUGUUAAAAGUAGCAGCACCUGAAUUAGUGGCAGGAGUAUCAGGUGAAAGUGAAGAAAGGAUUCGAGAAUUAUUUGAACAAGCACUUGCAAUUGCACCUUGUGUAAUUUUCUUGGAUGAAAUUGAUGCUGUAGCACCACAUAGAGCUACAGCUCAAAGAGAAAUGGAAAGAAGAAUUGUUGCACAGCUAUUAUCAUGUUUGGAUGAUCUAAGUUUGAAGGAAAAUGGUAUUAGAGUGUUAGUACUUGGAGCAACAAAUCGACCUGAUUCAUUAGAUCCAGCAUUAAGAAGAGCUGGUCGAUUUGAUCAUGAAGUGUGUCUGGGAAUACCAGAUAGGGAUGCAAGGGCAAACAUUUUAGCUGUACACACAGAAAAAGUAGCUCUUGCUCCAAAUGUCAGUUUAUCUACAAUAGCUUCACUUACACCAGGUUUUGUUGGUGCCGAUUUGGUUGCAUUAAUUAGAGAAGCAGCCAUGGCAGCUGUGGACAGGAUACUUGAAGACUUAAACAGGUCGGUACAAGACAAUAAAUCGUCAGAAAUAACAAAAGCUAAUACUGACGCUGAAAAAGAAAUACAAAGUUUUGAAAAUUCUGAUAAUUUAGUUGAAGAAGUGACUAUUGAACCAUCUACCUCAGAUCAAAAUAAUGUUCCUAAAUUAAAUAAGACAAGCAAUCCAGAAAGUCCACAAGCAACAUUAGAAAUGGAUAUAAUACAAGAAAAUUCAAGAUCUCCAGAUUUAACAGGGUUACUUACUUGGUUACGUAAUGACCCGCCACUUCCUUCAGAACGAUUAUCAAAUUUAUGUAUUGAACAUAGUGAUUUCGAAACUGCUCUUCGUAUUAUUCAGCCAUCAGCUAAAAGAGAAGGCUUUGCAACAGUACCUGACGUUACAUGGGACGAUAUCGGUUCUCUACGAGAUAUUAGAGAAGAAUUACAAAUGGCUAUACUCGCUCCAGUUCGACAUUCCGAACAUUUUACAGCGCUAGGAUUAACAGCAUCUACUGGAGUAUUAUUAUGUGGUCCACCUGGUUGUGGGAAAACAUUAUUAGCUAAAGCUAUUGCAAAUGAAGCUGGUAUUAACUUUAUUUCUGUUAAAGGACCAGAACUUUUAAAUAUGUAUGUUGGAGAAAGUGAAAAAGCAGUUCGGCAAUGUUUCAUUAGAGCUAGAAAUUCUGCUCCAUGUGUUAUAUUUUUUGACGAAUUGGAUGCACUGUGUCCUAGACGAUCAGAAGGUGAUAAUUCAGCCACUUCACGUGUUGUAAAUCAAAUGCUUACUGAAAUGGAUGGGGUAGAAGGACGUCAAGGGGUAUUUUUAAUGGCUGCAAGCAAUCGACCCGACAUUAUCGAUCCAGCAGUAUUGAGACCUGGAAGAUUAGAUAAAAUUUUGUAUGUUGAUCUGCCUACUACAGCAGAUCGUGCUGAUAUUUUAAGAGCAUUAACGAAGAAUGCAACUAAACCUAAAUUAGCUGCGGAUGUAAAUCUUGAAGAAAUAGGAUAUAAUAGUAAAUGCGAUGGUUAUAGUGGAGCCGAUUUGGCAGCUUUAAUUAGAGAAGCUGGAAUUGAAGCAUUAAGAGAGUUAAUGGAUAUGCAUUAUUCAGGACAACCAGAAAUUUCUAUGCGGCAUAUCUUAAUUGCGUUUGACAAAAUAAGGCCGUCCGUACAAGAGAAGGAUAUCAAACAUUAUGAAAAGUUGAAAAAAUUGUAUUCAAUUAAAAAAAAAUCUGACGAUACUCCUAUGGAAACUCCAAUAGAUACACCUAUAGUAGAUGUAGUUAUGGAGCCUAUGGAAACGUGAAACAAAAAUAAAUUUUAAGUAAAAAAGCAUGUAAAAACUCUUCCAUUGCAAAGUACUUUUAAACAGACAGUAAUGAAUC